AUGGAUCAACUUAUGUCACAACUGGCUCCGACAGCUUAUCCUACAUCACAACCAUCUCAUUUAGUUCACUCGACAUCACAUCCGGCUUCAACAGAACAAGACUCGUCACAACAAGUUCCAACAGUUCAAGCACCAUUCAAAAAGCGUAUUGGGCGUGAAUCACAGUCAUAUUGGACUGUAGAAGCAAUAGAUUCAGAAAACAAUGUCAAAAGGCUCAAAGUAAAAAAAACAGAUGUGCUUAAUUUAUCAGGUGAUGAACUUAUUGUGGUUAAUUUUGAUUACCUGAAUGAACCAUUUGGAGAGGCUCGUAGCCUUCUUUCAGGCUUUUGUGGAAUUUUAGCAUGUGAUUGCUCUUUAUUUCCAAUCAACUUUGAGAAGUGGUCGAGUGUGCCUAUGUCAUACUUAAAUCGUGUCUUCGAUCAAAUUAUAAAGGAAAUGCGUAGAAGAAAUACUGAAAAUUGGAAAAAACAGACUAUUCCACACAUAGGUGGCUCCAAAGCGAAUGCUACAAGAAGGGCAGAAAUGAUGGCUGAAACAGGACAAAGACCUGGACGAGCACAAAUAUAUAUUGCUACUCAUAAAAAUAAAGAUGGAGUAUAUGUUAAUGAAGCUGCAAAAGAAAUAUGUGAAAAAAUUGAGCUAACUUUGAGCCAAAGUACCAUGGAUGAGUCUCAAAUUUCGCCAAAUGAUGCUGUUGGUAAGGUUUUAGGAAAAGAGCACUCUGGAAGGGUUAGAUGUUUGGGAUUAGGAGUUGUCCCAAGUAAAGUUUUUAAACAAGUAAGACCGCAUUUUGGUGGUGCAAGUGCUUCAAGUAGUGAAGGCUCAUGUUCGUCCCAAUGCCAAGAAAACCACAAUCAAAUGAUGAAUGCUUUUAAGGCGUAUAUGAUAAUGAAAGAAGGGAUGAUACCAGAACAAUUUGCGGGGUUCUUUGCUUCUCCUUCGACAAAUUCUUCUACAACAACUCCAAGUGAUGCUGCUAGUGAACCAAUUCCGCCUGUGCACACAAGAAGAUCAUGCAGUGGUGAUAUUGUUCUUGAAGGUUAUAGCAAUGCUACUUGGAAUUCUUAUCCGAAUGACUCUAAAUCUAUUAAUGCUUGGAUUUUCACUUUGGCUGGAACAACGAUCUUUUGGAAAUCAAAGAAGCAGACAUGUAUUACUCACUCAACCAUGGAGUCAGAAUUUAUAGCUAUGUCUUCUGUUGGAGAAGAAGCUGAUUGGCUGCGAUCUAUGUUGAUAGAUAUUCCUUUGUAG